UGGGUCCCGCCCAUCGUCCAUGCCGUGACCAGGAUCGGUUGAGCAACACGGUCGCAGUGUGAUGGGGUCGGGGCCGGGGUUGACGCUUUGACAGCCGUAAUAAAGGAGAUAGAGAGAAAUAGAGCAGGCGAGCUCCAGCAUACUGCAAACCAUGUUCGCCAAAGGGAAAGGCGCCGCUGUGCCCUCGGACGGGCAAGCUCGGGAAAAACUAGCUUUAUAUGUAUACGAAUAUUUGCUUCACGUAGGGGCGCAGAAGUCGGCACAGACAUUUUUAUCAGAGAUACGAUGGGAGAAAAACAUCACGUUAGGGGAGCCCCCGGGAUUUCUGCAUUCGUGGUGGUGUGUUUUUUGGGACCUAUACUGUGCAGCACCAGAGAGGCGAGAGACUUGUGAACACUCGAGUGAAGCGAAAGCCUUCCACGAUUAUAGCGCUGCCGCAGCCCCCAGCCCGGUGCUGGGAAACAUUCCCCCCAGCGAGGGCAUGCCUGGAGCCAUCCCCCCCGGAUUCUUUCAGGGCCCGCCUGGCUCCCAGCCCUCCCCUCACGCUCAGCCUCCUCCUCACAACCCUAACAACAUGAUGGGCCCCCACAGCCAGCCUUUCAUGUCCCCACGGUACGCGGGCGGCCCCAGACCCCCCAUCAGAAUGGGAAACCAGCCUCCUGGAGGGGUCCCUGGGGGCCAGCCCCUGCUGCCCAACACAAUGGACCAUGCACGGCAACAAGGACAUCCCAACUUAGGAGGACCAAUGCAAAGAAUGAACCCCCCACGAGGAAUGGGCCCAAUGGGACCCGGACCCCAGAGCUAUGGCGGCGGAAUGAGACCUCCACCCAACUCAAUAGGCCCCGGCAUGCCUGGAAUGACCAUGGGCCCUGGGGCUGGCCGUCCGUGGCCCAACCCCAACAAUGCUAACUCGAUCCCCUACUCAUCGUCCUCUCCCGGCACAUAUGUGGGUCCACCUGGAGGAGGAGGUCCCCCUGGCACACCCAUCAUGCCCAGUCCAGCAGAUUCUACUAAUUCCAGCGACAACCUCUACACAAUGAUCAACACUGUACCACCAGGAGGCAAUAGAUCAAACUUUCCCAUGGGCCCCGGUUCUGACGGCCCCAUGGGGGGCAUGGGCGGGAUGGAGCCACACCACAUGAACGGGUCGUUAGGGUCAGGGGACAUAGACGGACUUCCCAAGAAUUCUCCCAACAACUUAAGUGGUAUUAGCAAUCCGCCAGGCACCCCACGGGACGACGGGGAACUGGGGGGUAACUUCCUGCACUCCUUCCAGAACGAGAAUUACUCCCCUACCAUGACGAUGAGUGUGUGAUUCCUCCCCUCCCCCACCCAGGACAAGACUCACUCAGACGUACUCCGCAAGAUCCAAGAGCGUAUGCAAGAAGCAGCCAAACACUUCGGCAAGGACCCGGGGAGACAGCCCGAGUUUACUUUCAUGCAAUAAUACGAUGAAGCUGAUGGUAGUGAUGAAGAUGAUGAUGAUGGUGGUGGGUUGUGAUGAUAGAUGGACAACAAUGAAAUUCAAAUGGCUGGACUUUUUGUGUUCCAGUUUAAAAAAAUAAGAAAAUAAAAUAACCCCCUGGCCCCCUCCUCUGGCCACCCAAGACAUUACAAAACCAGCUUCUGGAUGGAUUGGAUACAUACAUGAUGCAUUUUAUAUUUUGGUUCGGUAAUUUGUGUUUUUUUUUUAUCGUGUGAUUUAAAAAGAAAACAAAAAAUAAAUUUUAAAAACAUGAAGUUGACUUUACUUUCACCCUCAAAGAAAGUUCCCCACAUUUGGAUGAUAGAAUAAGAAUAUCGGAAAAUAAUCUGUUUCAUUUAAACUGGAAUCUGAACAGCAUACACACACUGUGGACUCGUAUUUCAUUUUAAAAUGUACUGUACAGCAAUUUUUCACAUUUUCCCCUAAAUGAUGCUGUCAUCCAGCUACAGUGUCGACCUUUCAAACCUGUUUUUUUUCCCACGGAACUCUUGGAAGAUGCCUUGGACUUCGUGAAACCUUUAUUACUUUUUGAGCUUGUUUUAAGCUAAACUGACACAUCAUUUGGUUUGGACGCAAUGUGGGAGAACUCUGCUUUAAAAGGCUUUGUUUUUAUUAUGUGUAAGUGGAUUUUCGUUUUGUUUUUGUUUCGUGCAUCUCCUCAAGACGUGGACUCUUUCAGUGACUUGCCCGCAAGACUAGAUUCACUUUGGCGAAAAUACGGGAUGUGUAGGUGAGGACGAAGAGAUGGAGAAGGACUCGUUUCAAAAUACGCAGCACUGCUCAGUGUACCUCAAAGAUGCAUUCAAGGAAUCAAUGACAGCUCUGUAUUGACUUGGUUGGGUAAAAAUGUUAUUUGGCAAGCUUGGUAAGGACGAUAGGAAGAACGUGUUUUUUCCGCAUUGCGUUUCGUGUCCCCUUUUUUUUUAAUUUAAAAAUGUUUCCGACUGCUAUUUCCGCAGGCGCGCUGUGUUCGAAAAUGAGGACUGGCCUUUAGUUGGUAGAGAGGAAGGCGCGGGGCAAUGACGCGUACCCCGUCGCGCCAUCGCCUUGUGCGAACGCCGAGGUCUAUGUACAGCACACUACCUGUAGAUGGACUUUUGUAAAAGCCCACUUCUAUUGAAAAGUGUAUCAUGUAAUGUAUAAAAUAUUACCUGCCUGGGCAUACCUUUGUGCUGGUUAUUGAACAUUGUAGCUGUUUCAGUGUUUCUUACCUUGUAGUCUGGUUAUAAUGAGAGAAAAAAGUAAUUAUACACUGUAGUUUGUGUUCAAUAUUUGUUUAAUGUUUAUCGAGGAAUGUUUUUUUUUUUUCCCAACUUCCUGCAAUUCCCUUCCCCGUUUUUUUUGUUUUUGUUUUUUUUUUAAUGUAACUUUUGAUGCAGAUUUGUAUCCAUUUCUUGCUGCACUUACAAGUAUGUCAUACUUUUAAAACAGUGAAUUAUUUAAAUAUAUUUUUAUGGGUCUGCUCUACUUGUGCAGACCCGGUGGCUUAGGGUAGGGUUUCCUAGAGUAUGGCAGUCUUUAUAAGUGCAGAAAGAAUAGAAAAUGCAAGAAUUUGUUUUAGUUGUAUUGCUGUAAAUGUUUGGUCCUCUGGAUGAAUUGUUUUCCCUUAUUUUUUCUCUUAAAGCAAUGGGGGGGAAAGGAUCAUUUAGAACCAUAAUUUCUACAAUAACUAAAUUAUUUUUUUUCCUGAGUAUGGUAUGGAAUAUGAACGAUCCCAUUGUUUUUCCCCGCCCCCUCUCCAUACUGUAAUAAAUAUUAACAUGGAAAUGGA